UAGUUUAUGUCCGUGACAGAUCGUGACGAUUUGCGGAAGUGCGUGAGUGCGCGUGAGAAAGUGUGAAAAGAGAGGAGACGUAAAACAUGGCUGAAGCCGUUGUCGAAAAUCCUCUACUUCUUCAACGUUUUUUUUGUCAUGAAUGCAAUUCUGAAGUGGAACACUUGCUACCCAAUUAUACGUGUCCACUCUGCUCAGGCGGCUUCAUAGAAGAAUUAGAAAAUGGGGGGAAUGACAGUAGUUCGGGGAUGGAUAUAGGUAGUGAAGAUGCUGACAUUGAUGUUGAUAUUACAGGAUUCAAUUUUCCAGAUCAGUAUCACUAUGAUCAAGACCAGGAUACAGUUCACACAUCGGGACACAUGGUAUCUGGCUCCCAGUCGUCAGCUGGAGCAGGAGGAAGAGGAUGUAGGAGAAGACCAUACCAGCCACGAUCCUCGAUGGAAUCUCGCACCUUUAAUCCUGGACUUCACGGUACCAGGUAUCAUCGUAAUAACGUAAAUCGCAACAAUCGUAGCCGACAGCAGGAUAUGCCAUUGACGAUUGACAAUUUAUUGCACGAUUUCAUCUUCAAUCUUUCCGGAGUUGGAUUUGGUUUACCAGCACAGCAAGGAGUGGGAAUACCACCAAUAUUCAAUGUUAGACUGCUGAUGGGGAAUCCCGGAGAUUACGUGUGGGGUCGAGAUGGUUUAGACGCGAUUGUUACACAAUUGCUGAAUCAAAUGGACUGUACAGGGCCACCACCCCUACCUAAAAAACAGAUUGAAGAAAUUCCUACAACGGCCGUAUCUCAAAUUCAAGUUGAUAGCAAAUUACAAUGUUCAGUCUGUUGGGAAGACUUUCAGCUCUCUGAACCCGUAAAGCAGCUUCCAUGUCAGCAUUUUUAUCAUGCACCGUGUAUUAUUCCAUGGCUGGAACUGCAUGGAACGUGUCCAAUCUGCAGACAAAGUUUGGGAGAACAGAAUACGGCUGAGGCAAAUCAAGAUACGGUUGGACCAAGUUUAGCUGCUCUGUUCAGAGCUGCAAAUGAAUCCAGUAGUAGCAGGUCACCAUCGACUUCCUCGACAGACAGCAACUCGAGAAACGAUUCCUCUAAUGAAAUUUGAAACCAGCUAGCUCGCUCAUCAACCGACCUAUCCUUUCACUCUCCCCCCAACAUGUAGUUGUAAUAUAUGCAUCCUUUUUCACAUUUGAAGGCUUUUCGACUCCCAAUAUUUCCAGAAAGAGGAUAAUAACAAAUUCGCCUGCGAAUGCUUGACGUUACCUUGACGCCAUGUGUGGUAAAUAUAUAAUCAGAUCUCUUUGAACGUGAAGUCCCAAUUGAAGUAUCCUUUCCAUUCCUAUUUGAAAUAUAGUGUUAUUAAGAGGGCACUGGACUGAAAUUGCAACUAGCAAAAAACUUGUUGCAUUAGUUGACAAACACAUUUCUUUCAUUAUUUUAUUUUUUUAACGCAAAGUGUAAAAUUGACCGUAAACUUCAUUAAAGAUGUUUACGGUGAAUUCUUGUUUAGUUAUUGAACGAUCAGUGAUUAGGUAGGAUUUAUUUAAAGUUGACGGUAAAGUUUGAGAUUUGCAACUUGUCACAAAUCUUAGAUUUAUGACCAUUAAUGUAGGAGAGUCAUUCGUUACUAUUUCAAAUUGUGAAUUGAAUGUUUCGUUAAUGUGUUGAGUCCAUCAAAUAUAACUAUUGUAAAAAGACUAUUUCUCGUUUUCGAACACCUAUUGGUUUGAAUAUCAUACAUCAUCACAUAUUUCUAAGUUUCAUUGACGGAAUAGUGAAUUUUAGUGAAACCAUUAGAAGCAAAUUCCUGCAAUCAAUUUAUGUAUGUAUUCAGGUUUAAAGGCUAUGUUUUACAGCACCUGUACCUAUACAUUUCGAAUGUUAUAGAACAUCAGUCACUUUGCCAUCAGUUCAGAUCUUAUUAAUAGUCUUCUUUGUAAAGAAACAAGGCAAAGGAAAAUGUACUUUGAUAAAGAUAUUUAGAAAAUUGUAAAGUGAAACUGCGGUAAAGAUUUUCCACAUUGUGUACAGUAUACUUUACACGAAGCAUUAUAGAAAUAUAGAAUGAUAAUCGCACUUAAUCUGUAAUUCUGUAAAUAUUACAGACCGCAGAAUAAUUUAUUGCAUUCUAAUCUAAUGUAACUAGGAAUUGUGAGCUACGAACGUUUCAGUGGUUCCUGUAAAAAACCUAAAUUACAAAUGAUCUGUUCUUUGAUAAUUUGGCGUACCGCAGAAAAUUGUAUGAGUGUGGAUUAAGUAAGGUUUAAACGGUUGAAAAGAGCGAUAAAUGAAUGUCGAUUCGCUAGAAUUUGAAACUUUUGAAAGCAACGAUGCUUCUAAUGCUGAAAAUAUUUCUGUACAGUAAAUUGGACUUCAGUCCAUUAAAGUUUUGUGUAUUUUUACUGGUAACUGCUGGAAAAGCAAAUGCUAAGGACAGGGCCAUUCAUUUGGGUAAUUAUGAGAGAUUCGUGUACCAGUGUUUUUAAAGAUACAACACAGCAUCGCCAAUAUAAGAGCAGUUUCGGGGGUUGCCUCGCACUGUUCUUGCGACUAAAUCAUUCUGGAAACCAGUCUGUAGAAACUGGUCGCGACGCAUUCUUGACACUGCCUGUGUGCUGAGAAACUGCCUUGGCCAACAGUUCAACGAAGGACUAAAGCAGUCGGGCUUAUAUUGGCGCUCUUGUGUAUUACAAAGAAUACAUUUAAUUAAAAGAGAAAAAAAGAAAAGAUUGGAGACAGACAGUUUGUAAUUCAAGAAUUCAGUUAAUUGUAGACAAAACAAUUUCAACUUGUAGGCGAUGCUUUUGCGUGUUGAAUUUUAUAUGUGGUUAAAUUAACGAAAUUGCUUCGGUUUUAACAGUAAUGGACAGAAUGUGCUUAAACUAAAAAUUUAAUUUCUUAGUCGUGAAUUACAAAUAAUUCCAAUUGAUACUACAUUUUAUGAGUAUGUUAAUGAAUAUUUAUUAAAGUACAUUUUUGAAAAUAAUUGUCCAUCACUGUGUUUAAUUGUGAUAGUGAAAAAAUACAACUUGUAUGUAAACUUGAUUGUAUAAAGAAAGUGGAGAGAAA